AUGGAGGCACCAACUACCGACAAGGGUGGCUUCGAGUCCGCGGCUUGCCGUGCGCAGGAGGAGCUGGAUUCCAUCCGCUAUCCAGCGGAGAUGUAUGGCAAUGCCUCGAUGCGCAUGGUCAUGACGGCAACUCCGAUUGGUGAUGUGCAUCUCCUCAUCGAGAAGAUCCAGGUCGUAAGCUUUGACAUUGUAGGAAGUCUUGUCCGCAACAGCGACGCGACCUUCUCCUUCGAGCUUGGGGGCAGCGAUGGGCCUGGAACCGUGGACAUCUAUGUUCAAGGAAUCAAGUUCAAGGCACCGGACUCUGCACUCCCGGGCAUCGCGAAGGCGGCUAGU